AUAACUUCCAAAAUUAUUAAAGUGUUUUAUUUUUAGAAAUGAGUGAAUCGUCUGGCGAUGAUCCAGAUGCGGCCUGCGUAGUGUUUUACGGAAUGUAUACCAUAGUCGUUGGAGUCCUUGCAUUGCUGGAGGCGCUGUAUAUAACGUGUAUAUUCUUCGUGUAUAUGUAUGAUGACAGAGAAGCUCUAAUGGUGUUUGUCGCUUUACUAACCAUUGGUUAUUUGAUUGUCAGCGCCACGUACGUUGUUGCUGGGACUUUGUUAGUGGUCGGAAUGAAAAGGCGCUCAAUAAAGUUAUUUAGAUGUGGAAAAAUUCUAAGCUAUUUCUAUCCAAUUUUUUCCUUCCCUCUCGUAUAUACAAUAAUUGUACACUUUAUUUGCAUGCCGAAAUUACGCAGGUAUUGCGAAAGGACCUGGCACUGAAAAAACCAUAAGAUGAGUCGUUUCUUCGAUUUAUUCACAAAAUGUCAACGCGGUACACGCCCCUAUAAAUCUAUUGUAGUGUAAAAUUACGGCCAAAUGCUUGGAAAUGGCAAAAACAGGACUUAAUUGUAAUCUAUUACCGUGCGAACGUUAGUAAUAUUUUUUUUGUGUGAAGCUGAGUUAGUCCGAAUUAUUUCAUUUAAAGCUUACUACAAUAAUUAAAUUUCUAUGAAGGGCAUUCCA